GAGUAGAACAUAUAUGUAAGCAUAAAGAAGCAUAUAACAAGAUGCAAACUUUUCAACUGAGCUUCAUCCUAGCAAAGCAAAUCUAUAGCCUCCCCAUACAUUAGCAAAUGCGUUAACGAAAAGGAACCCAAUUCUUGGAACUAUAAGCACAAUCUUAGCAAUUACUGAGAGAGAACACAUAAGGCCGAGAUCAUGACAAUUGGGCAUUGAUCCCUAUAGAAACAGUACAAAAUAAUGAAACGAAAUAUCACAUUGCAGCGCUGCAAGCUUUAGUAAGAUCAAUUGGACCAGCGGGCAGCGGUGUAGGAGUUGAACGGAGAGAAACCGUAAAUGAACAGCCACAUUACAUCUGAAGAAACUAAAGUAUAUAUGCGAGGAAGAAGAGAAGGGUACCCUGUAAAACUGGAGAAUUUGGAGGCAAGAUCGAUAAUUGAAAGGGCUUGCAGCUGUUGUAAGAGAAAAGGAAGCGAAGAGCGAAGAGAAGGGUUAUUGAUCUGAAGAGACCGAGGGGAAAAAUGCUCGAGCUUUAGAAUUUGAAAUUCUGGGGAUUGUGAGUUGAAGGAAGAAGAAGGAUUUGACCUGCUGAUGGGGGCUUUCGCACAACAGAAGAUGAUUGAUUGGAUGCAGGAAUUAGACGAUGGGCGAUGGUUCUGUCUGCUGCGCUUCUGCUUCUGCUUCCUUCCUUCCUUUCCUUUCUGCUUCUUUACCAACCUAAUUGAUCCCAAUUAUAAGAGGAAAAGGAUUUGUGCUCCGUAACUGAAACGGGCCGAUACGCCUUUGGGUUAUUAUAUAUAAGUCCACAUAUAAGUUGGAUCGCUCCAAAGUCCAAACAGUUUCCUGGUCCAAUAAGCCACUCGCCCCAAGCCCAAAAUCCUUCCGGUCUCUCGCAGUACGCCUCGCGGGCUUCUGCAAUACAAACCCUAGAUCCACCCCGGCGGAGAUCGCCGGAGCUCGGCCUCCGGGCUUCCCCCCAUCUUACCUGAUCGGACAUCGCUUGCUGUGUCUCCCGUCUCUCUCGCCGCAGGUAAAAUCCCAAUCGCUCACCGUAAUUCUGUUCUCCUUAUUUUCUAUAUAGUUUCUUUGCGCUGUAUAUUGUUCGUAUUCGUUGAAUUUUCCGUCGAAUUUUUCCCGCGAAAUUUCUCUGGCGGGAGAACUGAAUGAUGUUUUCCGCGAUGCGUUACUGGGUAACCCUGUUUGUCUUCCUUCAUGGUUGCGGUUUUCUGGCUUGUAUCAGAUAGGUUUCGGGGUUGCGAUUUUUCCGGGCUAGCGCCUUUUGCCCUCUUGUCUCCCGCCGUUUUGCUUCACCGGCGACUCAUCUUUCCUCUGUUUGUUUUUGCUUUUCGUUUCCGGCGGGCUAAGUUAUGUGGUGUUGCAUUUUACAUUCACCGUGAUGAGUCUACAUACUUGAACUUCUCUGAACGAUUCGAGUUGUUCGGAUUAUUUCGUGAUUAAUAGUGAAGCCUUUUGUAAUCUGCGAUUUUAUUUUCGGAUUGUGCAAAAUUCAAACCCGAUUUGAAUGUGAAGAUGCGUAUUAGUAUGUGGUAUAAGCUCUGUUCUUGAAAAUUUUCUUGACACAUGCUAGACAUAACAUUCCAAAGCCCCACUCUUAGACUGACCAAAGUAGUAGCAUGCUAUUCCAGUAUUCCUCCCAUUGAUGCUGCAAAGCUUGCUCCAUCUCUCUUUUGCUGGUCCAUCAUGUGCCAAAGUUUCUAACUGGUUAAUUUCUUGGUGUUGUUUGAUUGAUUGGCCAGUGAAUCAGUUUCUGCUGCAAAAAAAAAAAAAAAACAAAAGAUGGAAAUCAACAGUCUCGUGAAUCGCCUGUCUCAUCUCUGCAUCAAGAACCCACACAUCCUCAACGUCCACCCAUUCCUCGGGCAAUGCAUCCCCCAUCCUUUCACCUCCAUGGCGAACGACGUGCUCUCUGCAGGACGCGACAUCAUUCAGAAGAUCCGCGACAACAUAACCUACAUCAUGACUUCUGAGUGGCGCGUGGAUAUGUUCUUCCAUCUCAAAGUCCAGCUCCAGGUCCCCGGGGAUGCAGGUUUGCUCCUUGAGAAACCGAGCCAGUGGAGCACGACGUAUGAGAUGCUGCAAUCCGCUUGGGAUACGAAAGAAGUCUUCUCCUGCUUGGACACUCUCAUUCCUGAAUACAGAGAAGCCGAUGCUCCAACCAUGGAAGAUUGGAAUCGAGUUGAAAUCAUCUGCAACCACUUGAAGUCCCUCGUCGACGCAACGAACUCGCUCGCCUCCUCCCCCCCUUGCCCUGCUGCCACAUUGUUACUGAAUGCCAUGUGUGUCCGCAUGCAGAUUGCUCAAUUUGCAGACAGCGGCGAUCAGUUCGUCCGCAGCUUCAUCGACCCGAUGCAGGGGAAGAUGGAGGAGUACUGGAAGCAAUGUGGUGUGGCUCUCGCGAUUGCUGUAGUCAUGGAUCCUCGCUACAAAAUGAAGCUCGUGGAGUUCAGCUUCCCCAAAAUCUUUGGAGACGAGUCGUCUUCUGUCUACGUGAAGAUGGUCGAUGAUGGGGUUCAUGAGCUCUUUGCUGAGUACCUUUCGCUUUCUCCACCACCUCCAUCCACAUCUAAUUACGGCUGCAGUCAGGGAGGGAGUGUUUCGGAGCACGGGCUGGCGGAUUUUGAUGUGUUCAUCAUGGAUACGACGACGACGAGCCAGCAGCGGUUCAAGUCGGAGUUGGACCGGUAUCUGGACGAGUGGCUCGAGGAUCGGAGCUCCGAUUUCGACGUGGUGGAAUGGUGGAAUCGGGACAGUGUGAGGGUGAGGUACCCGACGCUGUCGAAGAUGGCGCUGGAUAUCUUGAGCAUUCCUGUGUCUACUGCUUGAAAUUGGAGUUUCUGGGACUAGGAUACUGUUUUGUGGUUUCUGUCAAGUUUUUUCUUACAGGUCCUAUCUAGAGGGUGUUUUUUUUUUUUUUUUUUUUUUUUUUAGUUUUGACAGUUUUGCUCUAGUCGAUUUCAGUAGGAGAUUCAUUGUUCUUAGUUCAAGAUCGGUUAGGCUCAUUCGUUUGUUCACUCAUUGGAUAAUUUGUAGAGGGGGAAAUAUGAAAAUAUAGUAAUAGAUAGUUGAUUACAAAGAUUGAAAAAUAAAAGCGAUAGUCAAUACUAAUUGAACUGUCGAUGAAAGAGCAUUUUUUGCCACGAAAUGGGCAGCUCUGUUAGUUCCUAGAAAAAGUAUGGCGUCAGCUUGAUCCGCUCGAGAAGCACGACUCAAAAGAAUAACCUACAUGGUAACAUUCAAAAAACCGGUACAACAUCAACAACACCACAAUGCCAAUGUUGCCUCCCCCUAUUUCGCACUAGUGCUCCAUCAAAUCUCAUCAAAAGGCCAUCUAGUGGAAAGGACAGAGUCUCCACCAAAUGAUUAUUUUGCAAUUGAAACUUCACCUGCAAAAUGAGCAAACAAAAAGGCCCCUACAACUACAAGGACAAUCCCGACCAAUGAGCCAACAGGACAACAUGGACACAAGGCACCUUUUCUCCCUUGAAAUAGUGAACCAGGCCAUCGGGAAACUCUAGAUAAUCGGCGCCGAUUACGAACCUAAACUUUUUUUUUAAUAAAAGGUUACAAACCUAAACUUUUUUUUAUGAACAAACCUAAACUUGAGAUAUGACUAAAAAAAAUGGUUGGAAUAAUAGAUGAAAAACGAUGCAAUACAUAGAGAAAUUAAAAUUGAAAAAAGAACAAAUAAAUAAUAAUACAAAUAAAACUAAUAAUUGUAGGAGGAUAAUUAUCAAAAGAAAACAAAUAAAUAUUACUAAUAACAAUGAAGGAUAUUGAAUAGAUAGGAAUAUUUAGUUGAAUCGUCGCCUGUUGGUAUUGCCACACAGCCCCGGACUUGUAACCGUCGCGUCGGUGCGUCGGUGGGCACACGUAACAUUUACCACUUUAUGCAUUCAUAAUCUUCCAAUCAAUCCAUUCAAAAUUGCAAUUUCUAUGUGGAUUUGUAAAAACGUAAUAGUUUAAGCUUUAAAGUGUAAAUUUUAAAAGUAAUAUUUUACUAGAAGCAUUUUUGGUGAACUAAAAGUAUAAAAGCAUAGGUUUUUAAAUUUUAAACUGCGAUUUUUACUACGUUGCUUCCAACAGAUAUUUCGAAGGAUCCUGAAGAGUAAGAUGUCUUAAGAAGCAAAUAUCAAUGAUCUUAGAUGAGAUGAUUAAGGUAAACCUCAAUCUCUUUUGGAUUUUAUCUGUCGCUGUCGGUCUUGCUUUUGCUGUGUUGCAAUUAGCUUCGAUCUCCAACUUGAUGGCACAGGCAAAAUUACUCAUAAAGUAGAAUCAAUCUCAAGGAGGUAGGAUUGCGAUGUCUAGCUAAUUCCCCUGAGACCUCAUGUAAGGAAGAACUUUCCUCGCUUAUACUAUAGAUCGAGUAAGACCUAUAUUAAUUUUGUAUUUCCAAGUACGAGAUGACAUGAUAUGCGUGUUUGCAGCUACAACAAUAAAGUAAAAUCUUAUACCGGCUUCAUUUUUGAUAGACGAUUUAGCAACAAAACACUGGAUCCACCAUGCUAAUCAAACCAAACCAAACCAAACCAAACCUGACCGGUUCACAAACUAAACGGCACCGUUACAUCCUCGCUUGGGCUUCCCUGGGCCGGUUACAGUAUCAAUAUCGGAGAGGAUACUUCCUUCUCCGCUCCGUUUAUACAUAAAUAGAGAGUGAUUAGUUGGACCGCUCCAAAGUCCAAAAAUCAAAAAGAUUUUUUACC